AUGGACACAGGUCCACAUACCCUUGUAGGCCGCCAGAUAUGGGCCAACCCUACCUUGACCAGCAGCAGUUUGCCUCAUACCUGCCAACCCUACACACUCCCUUCUGGCGGCGAGAUAAACAUUGGUCGGGGAACAAUUAUCACGCUGACGCAAGAUGCGGGGUUUCAACCAGCGUGCUCCGGUUCAGCAGUUCCUGCACCGAUUGACCCACUUCAGCCAGGAGUUGACCUUUCCGUGCUGAAUCGUCAGGACCCGUUCUACUCCUCGACAAAUCCACAGAUAUACGCAAUCGCAGCGGCGACGAUCGUCAGUUACAUGUUGCUCAUCAUCCUUUUCAUCACACCAAGAACUUUUUUUGUCGGCGGUGCAGGAGGUGGAGGUGGCUUUCUUGGCUCAAGAGGCAUGAUCAGUGGGGCUUAUGGGAGCAACUCCGUCAUUGGGAUCGGAAGCAGACCUUGGCUUCAGAAAAUAGCAGCUCUGACCGUUGCAACGUCCUUGACGAUUGUCACGGCCGACACGUUUAAGUUUGCCCACCAACAAUACGACGCAGGGUACCAAGACGCAACAGAGUUGACCAUCAGAGUCAUCAAUGGAGUGGAAGUCCGCGUUGCGAGGACAAUUUCGGAGACCUGCCUCUGGCUUGCGCAGGCGCAGACACUCAUACGACUUUUUCCACGGCAUAAAGAGAAGCUUCUCAUCAAGUGGUGUGCUUUCGCCCUCAUCAUUAUGGAGCUCAUCUUUACUAUCCUCAACCAAUUCGUUGUCGACAGUACAAGGGACCGUUCUCAGUCAUUCACGGAUGCUGUCCCAGCUAUGAACUAUCUCUUCGCGCUUGCCCUAAACCUCUGCUAUGGAACAUUUGUUAUCUACUUCGCCUUACAGAAACGGCGUUUCGCUUUCUUUCAUCCUCAGAUGCGCAAUAUGCCCCUGGUCGCUUUACUGUCUCUCGCAGCCGUGCUAAUCCCGGUGGUGUUCUUCGUGCUCGAUCUUUCAAAACCUAAUCUUUCGGGAUGGGGGAGCUAUGUUCGAUGGGUCGGCGCCGCGGCAGCGAGUGUGGUGGUAUGGGAGUGGGUCGAGAGAAUAGAAGCUUUGGAGAGGGAGGAGAAAAAAGAUGGCAUUCUUGGUCGCGAGAUCUUCGAUGGUGACGAGAUGCUUGACGCUACUCCAUCGUCGGAUCCCACUUGGCCAAGCCAGAGAAAGAGGGCUAGUAGAAGCGGUAAACGCAGCGCAAGUUCUGGCGCCAGUAGGAGCACUGGCUGGCAUGAAAUGACCACCAGAGUAAGACAUAUAGGUCGAUCACAGCAGCGGCAAGAUGGAGACUCCCGUCGCAACUCUAACGCCAGCAACGUUCAAGAGAGACAUGAUGUAGUUGCGAAACAGCAAUGUCACCCUGCGAGACCGCUUCCAGUGGCGUCGCCAGUAAGCAUAGCGGAUACUACCAGCGCUAGAAGCACCGUCUACGUUGUACGGUACCACCCCACCAGCGAGCCCACUCCGCCGAUACAAGAGGGCAUCGAGACAAGUUCGGACGACAGAGAUGACCCACGGCAGCUCAGUGGGCAACCUAUUGGGUUCCCGGAAUUGGACGCUGAACAUGUAGAAGUCACUUCGAGUCAAAGAUUUCUCAUUAAUGGACUCCAGUGGCUGCCAAAUCCUUUCAGACGCCAGCGUACCACACCGCCUCCAGAGGUUGUCCGGGCUCUUGCAGUACAAUCCACACAGCCUGGGCCCUCCAUCACGAAUUACGCGCACCAGAGCAGCUUGCUUGAGCGAUUGCAUCUAAAGAAGGGCCCAAAAGCACCAAAAAUCCAAAGGCCUGCAAUCGUCAUCCCUGCCCCCACUCGUGGACCGGGCUCAAUAGAUCAUGAUUCAGACAGCCUCGAGAGUGGUGACGAGAGUGAGGGGUCCACGGCACGAAGGAGAUCCACUUCGACGUGCACAUCAACAAACAGAGAUACUGAUCUACCCCCGGAUGCCGUUUUGAAUGCAAUCAACAUACCUCAACAUACCCAAACAUAG